UCUCCCUCUCCUGUGCCUCUUCUGCUAGUAAAGUCCCGUUACAUACAUAGGCGGUCAGGGAAGAAGAAGAAGCUUCAUUGUACUGGGCGCCUUCUCACCAUCACUCUACUACACCGCGGGACCGGGAACAGUGUGAGGAGAAGACAGGAGGGAGCUGAGGGGAAGAGCCCGGGAAGAGUUGGCUGACUAACAUUAUCAGAGCAGCAUGUCUAUCUCUGUGCCGCACAACGGAGUGCAGGAGGACAAAGACAACCUCAUUGAACUGUUUGUUAAGGCUGGCAGUGAUGGGGAGAGCAUUGGAAACUGCCCAUUCUCCCAGAGACUUUUUAUGAUCUUGUGGCUGAAGGGAGUGGUGUUCAAUGUCACAACUGUUGACCUAAAGAGAAAACCAGCAGACCUCCAAAACCUUGCCCCAGGAACACAUCCCCCCUUUAUAACCUACAACCAUGAGGUGAAGACUGAUGUGAACAAGAUAGAAGAGUUUCUGGAAGAAGUACUAUGCCCUCCCAAGUACCGUAAACUGGCAGCCAAGCAUCCAGAAUCCAACACUGCUGGCAUGGACAUAUUUGCUAAGUUUUCAGCAUAUAUCAAGAAUUCCAAACCAGACGCCAAUGAAGCAUUGGAGAGAGGACUUCUAAAAACUUUGCAAAAGCUCGACGACUACCUGAAUUCACCACUCCCUGAUGAAAUCGAUGAGAACAGUAUGGAGGACCUUGCAGUUUCUAUCCGUAAAUUCUUGGAUGGUGAGGAAAUGACCUUGGCUGACUGCAACCUCUUGCCAAAGCUUCACAUAGUCAAGGUGGUGACCAAAAAGUACAGGAACUUUGACAUGCCAAAAUCCAUGACCGGGAUUUGGAGAUACCUGACGAAUGCAUACAGCAGAGACGAAUUCAACAACACCUGUCCAGAGGAUAGAGAGAUAGAAAUUGCGUACGCAGAUGUAGCCAAAAGGCUCACCAAGUGAACUGUAUUUUAAAAACCAGACGAGGCCUUAAUUUACAACAGAUACUUGUAGGGCAGAAUUCCAUUUAUUAUUAUUUUUUUAUAUGUUCAACACAAAAAUGUAUUUGGUGUCUUUCCAUAAAUUUUAUUCCAAUACAAAAUGAGGCACACAUUAUGUCCAUAAUGUUCUCAUACAAGUUAACGUUUUGGAAUCUGUAUAUUGCGUCACAUAAGCAAACAUGGUUGCUGAAUACAGUGUUAGAAUAACUUGAAUACAACUUUUUUUUUUUUUUUUCUCUCCCCCAAACUUCACAUAAACUAAUAAUGACCUGAUAUGGGUUUAGUGUUUUUUUGUUUCUUGGUUGUUUGUUUUCUUCUCUUUGAAUUUGGUUUCCGUCCAUCAGUGUGAGACACUGUGCCAUAAGUUGCUUUUUCAUGAUGUGCCAUGCUCUGUAUUUCUGCAGACAUUUGUAUAUGACUAAAGAAAUAUGACCAUUAAUAGGAAAACGUUUAACGUUACCCAUCCAUUUCUGUACUUUUUUUUUAUUUUAUUUUUUUAUGGUUAUGGCAUGCUUGCUGUUUUUCAGCCAGAGCUUUUGCUGCCCAGCAUGAUUUGUCAGAUUUUUUUUUUUAUCUGCAAAGUUUACAACUCUUAGGUCUUCAUGGAUGCUUUUUCAGCUUGUCUGGUGAAGAUAUUGGUGGUUCUUAAUUUGAUAGUAGUUUUUAGAACCAGUUUUCUUUAUGGUUAUGGUACAGAGAAGGCCAAGCAGCUAUUCCAGGGGUUAUGUAGUUAAUGUGCCACACAGACAGCAAAAGGCUAAAAAAUAAUCUCCUUUAAAAGUGGGAAAUGCCAUGAUCUUAUUGGAUACAGUAUUCAUCAGUUUGGGGAGAGAACCUCUCAUUUGAAAGGACUGUGGGCAUAAUAAUCUCUUGGUUGAAAUACUGUUACAUGACACAUAUAUCCUUUAAAAUUUGAAGGAGAUGGAUAUUAGCCAAUUGGAAAUAAU